GCUACUUUGUUCCAGACCAGCAGAUAUUUCAGACCCUCGAAGAGAGAAGAAGGAAGGUGAAAGAAGGAGCAAUGCUGAGGCAAAGUCAAGUCAAGGCCACACGAGAAUCCCUUGGAGUUUCCAGUAAUAAGCUACAGGAACUGAGAAUAAUACUGCUUGGUCAGAAGACUGUUGGAAAGAGUGCAACAGGAAAUACUCUCCUGCAUAAAGAAGUCUUUGCAUCUAGUCAGAAUGAACAAUGUCAAAUGCAAGAUGGGGAGGUUUCGGGCCGACGAGUCACAGUGAUUGACACCCCGGGCUGGUGGCAGGACUCCUCAUGCUGCACAGAUGAGAUAGACAAAGAAAUUGCCCGAGGUUUUUCACUGAGCCCAGCAGGAGUUCAUGUUAUUCUGCUGGUCAUUCCUUUGGACCUGACAUUCAGAGAUUCUCAACGAGUCACUCUGGAGGAUCACAUGAACCUUUUUCAUGCCACUGUAUGGAAACACGCAAUGGUUCUGUUCACAUAUGGAGACAAACUAGCAGAUAAAUCUUUGGAGGAGCACAUUGAAAGGGAGCAUAGUGCCCUGCGCUGGUUGAUUGAGAAGUGUGAGAACAGGUACCAUGCCAUUAACAAUAUGAAAAAAAUGGAUAUGAAUCAGGUGACAGAGCUGUUUGAGAAGAUAGAGGAAAUAGUAGCAGGAAACAGUGGCAAGCUCUUCUGUCCAAACAUGAAUGAAAUGCACCUGAGAUUCGAAGAGAUGUUCAAGAGGAAGCAGCUGAAACAUGUGCUGAAGCAAAGACUAGUGCGGGAGUACGGGAGGAGAGAGCUGGAGCUAAUGAAAGAGUUCAAGGAAACACUCCAUGAGCUGCAAAAUGACAUUAGGGGAAGUGCGAUGGGCACAAAUCCAAGUCACUGGUUGGUGACAGGGUGAAACUGACCAGGUCUACUGGUCAGGGGAAGAGAGAUGGCAAGGAGGAAAAACUAGAUACAAAAUCAGCCAAAAAAUUAAAAAGCUGGAUGAAGAUAUAGAGAAAUUAUCACAUUUUCUUGGAAACAGCAAGGAAUUUUUGAUCCCUGAUUUUAAAGGAAGCAGUCCAGCACCUUCUAUUCCUGAGUCUUUCUUAGAGCGCAAACAAUCAACCGGCAACUUUGAGAAAGUUCUGAGUUGGUUAUCGAAUCUUCAUAUCGGCACAAAUGUGGAGAACCAGCUGACUCUCAACUUCUCUCAAACAUCAGGCUACAGAUCUAUGGUGCCAUCCGACACCUUUGACUUUGACGGAGAAGUUGAAGUUCCCGAGUGAACAAAUUAAAAGAUUACUGCAUUCUGUAGUGAA